CAGCACUGCGCCCGGAGCCGCAGCGGGAGCGGGAGCGCCGGGGACGGCGGCGCGGGAGCCGGCACCCACCGCUGGAGGGGCGGCGACGGCGGCCGGAGCAACGUCGGGAGGCGAGCGGAGGCGACAUGGCCGAGUUCCCGUCUAAAGUGACCACGCGGACCAGCAGCCCCACGCAGGGCGCCGGCGCCUCCGUCUCGGCGAUGCGCCUGGACCUGGGCUUCGUGCGCUCCAGGCUCGGAGCGCUCAUGCUGCUGCAGCUGGUGCUGGGGCUGCUGGUGUGGGCCCUGAUCGCCAGCACCCCGUACCACCUGUACCCGGCCUACAGCUGGGUGAUGUUCGUCGGUGUCUUCCUCUGGCUGGUGACAAUCAUCUUCUUCGUCCUCUACCUGUUUCAGCUGCACAUGAAGCUGUACAUGGUGCCCUGGCCGCUAGUGUUAAUGAUCUUCAAUGCCGGCGCCACCGUCCUCUACAUCACCGCCUUCAUCACCUGCUCCGCGGCAGUCGACCCGACGUCCCUGAAGGGCACGCAAGCCUACAACCAGCGUGCGGCCGCCUCGUUCUUUGCGUGUCUAGUGAUGAUUGCCUACGCCGUGAGCACCUUCUUCAGUUUCCAGGCCUGGCGAGGGGUACGCAGCAACGCGGCCACCAGUCAGAUGGCUGGCGGCUAUGCCUAAACCACCUGUGCCCUGGCCCACCCUGAGGCUGAAGCUGUCGCUGGGUCACAGUGCAGGGUCACCCCGCAAGCCCAAGGCUGGGGAGCCCUGUGUGGAGUCAGCCUGGCAGGGACUAUGCUUUCUCCCCUCUGCUCCUCAGACUCAAGCUCUCGCAGCGCUCCUAAGGAAACAGGCCCAAGUUGGCACAUGUAUGGGCUGGCAGGAG